CGCCGUCCGCCGUGCCGCCGCCGGGACCAGGAUCCUCCUCCGCGCCGCGCUGUGCUGCGCCUCGGGCGCCUCCCGUGGCUGAAAAGAAGAGGCAGCGAGGGGGCUUCCGCCCCGCGGCGGCGAUGGAGGAGCCAGGCGGCAGCGAGGUCUCGUUCUCCCCGUCCUGGCGCCGGGAUGCCCUGCGGCGGCUCCGGCGGCUCCGGCGGCGGAUCUCCUCUGACCCGCUGCUGGCCCGGCUGUUGCCCGGGGACGGGUCGCCCACGUCCCGCCGGUCGGUGGUUGUGGUGAGGGGGCCGAUGCCGAAGGGGAAGCCGGCGACGGACUGGAGACGCCAAGUGUGGCCGGAUAUGUUUUCUCACUUCUCUUUCUGGAAAAGAAUUGUGGGAAUUCUCAUCACUGUUGCUGUGAUUUUACUCUUAACAUGGAUUACUCUAUAUCCACCUAAGUUACCACAGCUGGAGCCGUGCCCUGAUGACUGGCUGUACUACAGGAAGAAGUGUUACUAUCAUUCAGACAGCAGAUCCCCGGCAGAUUGGAAUUCCAGUCAGGAGGCCUGCUCUAACUACGGAGCUUCCCUUGCAGUGAUUGGCAACCACCAAGAGCUGAACUUUAUAAUGUAUCGAAUACGAAUAACAGACUUCUGGAUUGGGCUGCGCAGGAAAGGAAACAAAUUCUUCUGGGUGAAUGGAGAGUCAUUUGACACGAACUUAUUUCAUGUCAAUAUAACAAAUGACGGAGACUGUGUCCAUAUAGAUUCAGCCUUCAUCUCUACCAGAAAGUGCUCCUCACGCAGGAACUGGCUUUGCACCAUUGGUCAGUUUAAUCCCAAGACAAGCUCUUACUAGGGAAGAGCUGGCUGUGCAGAUACAGACUUCCUCCAUGAGAAGCUGGAAUUUGGAAUACUGAAAGUCAUUGUUGUAGGAGGUCCACAGUGGCAAGAUGUGCUGUGACGAGGAUCAUAUCCAAACUUCUCCAAGCGAAGCGAUACGGGGAGUAAUAGUGACUCCAUGAGAAAGAGGUAAUUGGUUAAGAAGUGGCAGUACCGAGAGAGGAAACAAUGAUACAACGGCAGUUGCAAAGAACAGAAGUUGCUUCUUGGUAAUACAGUUUCAUUGUGGAAACUGCUGAAGGACAUGGCAAUUAAUACUUUUCUCGAGAACUCUUCACGAUUGCAAAACAUAAUUUUUUAAGGCAGCUAAAAACAUUGUUACAUGGAUGUGAAGAUCUUAGUGAAAAUGCAAUUUUUACAAUAGUGUGUUUUUUCCUCUUCUCUAUGGAACUCGCUAAUUCUUUGUCUAAGAACUUUGUUUGUCUUUGUGGUAAGUGGAUGAGAUUUCAUAAGGUGUUUUGACUUCCUUCCUCUUCUUUUUCCAUGGGGUUUUCAAAUGUGAUUGGUGUGUAAUGUCCAAGGAAAUAAAUGGGAGCUUUGUAAACCAGGAAGGCAGAUAAUGACUAGGUCUUCUGGUGAAUGGCACUGCUGUUAUGGGGCAUACAGAGUGGGACAGAUUACAGAUGUUCUUCUCUAUCCCUCUGGACUGAUCUAGAAACAUGACUGCAGCUACCCCAAACUUCCCUGAAUAUGUGGCAGCAAUAGGAAAGCUCCCAGACUGAAUCACGCACAACUGUUGUUUUGGGAGGGCUGACAAAGUCAACUGGAUUUGGAAGGGGAGAAACAUGUCUGUCUAGCAUGGAAAGGGUUCUAAGACUGCUUAAAGUGAGGUGCUUGUGGUAUUUGUCUGUUUGCCUGUGCAGGGUUAAAAAAAGCUUUUCUUGUUUCCAGCACAGCUAUUUUAUCAAGCGACUUGUGUGGGCAAGGAUAGUUUAACAGUCCAUGGGAUAGAUGCACUAGGACUAAAUAGCAUAGCACCCUGAAUUAAACUGUUUAAAUUCUUGGUAUGAUGCCCUCAAAAUGGGCAGUGGGGGCACGGGAGGCUCACCUGGAAGCUCUGUGGUUUGUUUCUGUCUGUUCACUCUCAGGUUCAGCAGAUACCUGUACAAUGACUGCUUCCCAAGAUACAUGAUUUACAAAGGGUGAUUACUGUCUUCAAAAAUGUGAACUAGAAGACAGGCUUUUUAAGCUAGGAAAAUGUUCUAGUUUGGAAACAGAAUGCCACAUUAAGCUCAGAGAAGCUCACAGAGAAGAUGAAGAGUUUGGCAUGUUGAUCUUCAAAGAACUGGGAAGAAAAAAUUUCAAAUUGCUGUAAACACACUUGGUAUUUAUCCAGAAGUUGUACUUCUUUGGAGGGAAAGAAAUAGGUGAGACGAGAAACUGGACCAGAGUAUAUCUUCAUUCCCCAUCGUAGUUCCCCAAGAAAGCAUAGGAACAGAAGGGGAAGCACCUUGUAAGGAACCGAGGACAUGGUUCAGAUUGCCAGGGUAGGGACCUAUUUCCCACCAUGUGUCAAAAGUCCAGUUGAAAGAGUCCGCAUGAAGUGCCAAAAAGGGCGACAAGUCCGUUUUGCUGUCACUGUAAACUGCCUUGUCAGUAUGCCAAUAAAUACUUCCAGUAAUUGCUCCUAGUGAUGCUUUGGGUCUCUGCUUUUGGUUGAGCUUGCACCCCUGCUUUAGGUUUGUGGUGGUCUAGGACUGCUUUGUUUAACUUAGGGUACCUGCUUCCUUACCCGUGUUUAGUUGCUGUCAGUAAAAGCAGAACAUCAGUGGAAUGUCGGUAGGCACAGAACAUUUCGGGACAGUUAAAUUCACAAACUCUGUGUAGGACCAUGACAGAGUUUGUGAAUUCAUCAUGACUGCUCCUCCCAUGCCCCAGCCCAGGGGCUCAGGACCCCAUUUCAGCUCAACCGAUCCCUUGAUUUACCAGCUUGAUCUGGACACUUGUCUGAGCCAGGCUACUGACUGCAUCUUCCCUGCUCGCAUUAAAAGUCUCACAUGGCAGCUAAAUUACAGCUAAUUGCUAAUAGAUAAUUGAAAUAGCUUUAAGAAAACUAAAUCCCACGUGAACUUCCCCUCAUUUUAAGCUUCUUUUUGUCAAGGAAAACUUGCACAAUAGUCACCGGUGGUGUGAGCUUCCCAAGCAACGUUAGGUGAGGAACAUAGCAACAGUCACACAAGUGAUUUUGUAAUGCAAUUCAACAGGUGACUUGCUGAAUGGGAUUUCCUUUAAGCUUUCCAUCAGAGUAGUA